AUGGACGUUGCUGGUUCAAGAAGAUCGAGCAGAAACACGAGCCCAGAUCGCGUCAAAAUUUGCAGGCUCCAUCACAAUAAUGUCAAACCCCUUAAAAAAGUUCAAGUUGUUUACUAUCUCUCCCGAAGUGGCCUCUUGGAACAUCCUCAUUACCUGGAACUCACUCUCUCCGCCAAUGAGCCUCUUCGACUGAAGGAUGUGUUGGAUCGGCUCGUUGCCGUGAGAGGGAGUGGCAUGCCGACACUGUACUCUUGGUCCUGCAAAAGGAGCUAUAAGAGAGGAUAUGUGUGGUACGAUUUGGCAGCCAAUGACAUAAUAUAUCCUUCAGAAGGAGCAGAAUAUGUACUCAAAGGAUCUGAGAUUGUGGAGGAUUGUUCUGAAAGAGUUCAACAGACUCGAGUGAGUAAGCGAUCCCAAGUAAUUUAUCAAGAUCCAGUAGCUUUUAACAGCAGUCGAAGAUCGUUCCAUUCUAGUCUACCCAGGGAGGGGGAAGAUUUCCAAGAAUACGAAGAACAUGAAGAAGAGUACUAUGAAGAUGGAGAGAAAACAAGCAACACAAGCUCCACCACCACGCCCCAUUCUCGCUGCUCUAGAGGUGUGUCCACCGGUGAACUCGAAGAAGAUCGGGAACCUAAGCCUCACCCCCAGAUGAAAACAGUCAAGGUAACUGUAAACCACGCGCCGCCGCCUUCCCUCACACCGGCCGACAAGUUACAACGGAGCGAGCAAAUAAAGGAAGCAAACGGCACUUCUAUAAGGUUUGAAGAUGGGUUAGAACCGAGUCGCAGCUCGAUUCUACUUCAGCUGAUAGCUUGCGGCAGCUCGGCCGUGUCGAAGGCUAAAAACUCGCCGUGCAUGAGCAAUGGGGUGAAGAAAAGGGAAAGCAGCAGCGGCAGUGAGAUUAGCGUGAAGAGAGAGGCUGUGAAGGUGUCUGAGGAGGAGAUGAUAAAGUGCAUGUCGGAGAAUCCGAGGUUCGGGAAUUUGCAGUCGGAGGAGAAGGAAUACUUCAGCGGCAGCCUGGUUGAGUCAAGGAAGGAGAACCGGGUUCACUCGGAGGCCGUGUUCAAGAAGUCCAACUCGUAUAACGAGGAAAGGAGCAGCAAGGCAGGGAUCGCCGAGGAAGAGGAAGAGAAGGAGAAGGAAGGAACCAAAGGCAAAUGCAUCCUUCUUACUAAUAAGAAAUGUAGCAGAAAAUGAAUAUCUACAUAUAUGGAUAUGGUGUGAUGUCUAAUUAUUAAACUAGUUAUAUUGAUGAUAGCCCACUCUUUUGUUAGUACUAGGAGAAUGCACCUUCAUGGUACUGAGUUGCAUUAUCAUUAAUAAUUGUCUCUGUUUAA